UGGUUUAGAGGCGGCCAGAAUUUCCGCCGACGAAAUAGGAAACAUGGCGUCCUAGAAGUCACGUUUGAAGGAGACCGGUUUUUCCAUGGGGGAUAUUGCAAUAUUAUAUUAAAUUUUAGUUUAUAAUGUAGUCAAAGAUUUCGUAAGCGUCUAAAGUAAUGGCUGAGUAAAAUUGUUUUGACACCGACAAAUAUAAUGUUUUACUGUUAGAGUAGCCGGUUUAUGGAACCCGAUAUGUGAUAUUGCGACUUAUAACUAGUGCUUAACAUCCACGGUUAUUAUCGUGUUAGUAUAUCAUCGUGUUUGUUGAAUUGCAUAGAUGUAAUCCGUAAGACGGGAACAUUAUAGCUGUACGGCUCAUGUAGCUUGCACGAAAACUCGUCACUUUUCGGAGGGUCUGACAUUUGAAACCUGCAUGUCAAAGUUGCAGUUACGGAUUAUAGUGCCAUGAAUUGUGCACGCCGUCUCGCGCGGAUAGCCAUUAGGGGAUUUGCACCUUAUGCAAGGGUAACUGCCCGGGAGUCAGCAAAAUGCCUUAAUCCUUACGGGAGUGGCGUUCAGACGUUAAGGGCUUUCCACGUGGGCUUCGGGCAUCUUAAGGACCAGCCCGUUUCCAGGGGCGAUGAGCAUCCCGGACAUGAGGGAUCCCUGGUUACUCAUGACAGCCUGUUUGAGCAGGCGGCUGUGGAGGCCCAGACCAAGGCCAUGUUUAACCGCGUGUUGGAGGUCUUCGUUAGGAAGGACAUUCGGCGCCGGGGCCACGUCGAGUUCAUUUAUGCGGCCUUGAGGAAGAUGCCUGAGUUCGGGGUGGAGCGCGACAUCUCCGUCUAUAACAAGCUCCUGGACGUCUUCCCCAAGGAGGUCUUCGUGCCCCGAAACUUCAUCCAGCGCAUGUUUAACCACUACCCCCGGCAACAGGAGUGUGCAGUGCAGCUGCUGGAACAGAUGGAGAACUACGGGAUCUUGCCCAACGUGGAGACCAAAGUUCUCUUGGUGCAGAUCUUUGGAGAGAAGAGCCACCCCAUGCGGAAGUACCAGCGGCUUAUGUACUGGUUCCCCAAAUUCAUGCACGCAAACCCGUACCCUGUCCCCCGGGAUCUCCCGCAGGACCCGCUGGACUUGGCACGCCUCAGCCUGACCCGCGUAGCGGCGGACCCGGAUGCGUGUGUCACCGUCUAUCAGAUGCCCUAUACAGAUGUUUCUGAGACCGGAGCAGACGUGUCGCUCCCCUACAUUGUCGGAAUUCAGAGUCUGGAGCAGAGAAGCCUGCUAGCCAAACACGAUGCCAGCAGGCCGGUGUUUGUGGAAGGACCCUUUCCUCUGUGGCUGAGAAAGACCUGUGUGCACUACUAUGUGCUGAGGGCCGAGCCUGUGCCGCCGGAAGAAAAGGUUCAAGAGCCCGUUGACCCAGAGAGGAGCUUCUUCUACCCGCUGGAACUCAACUUGGAUUUGGAGCGAGACCUGGGCGAUGACGACAGCUUCGAUGUGGAUGAAGUGGAGGAGGGUCCCAUCUUUGCCAUGUGUAUGGCCAGCCGGGGGGACCAGGCCACCCUCGCCAAGUGGAUCGCAGGCCUGCAGCAGACCAACCCCAUGCUGAGCCGGGUGCCCACCCUCUUCCGGCUGGAGUCUGCCCCCCGGGAGAUUCAGCGGGCAGGGGAGUCUGAGCAGGUGGAGCCAGGCCUGGAAGAUGAGCCCCCCCACCGGCAAGCUAUGAAGCAGUGAUCGCUGAUGGGGGCUCUGGGCGCCACCUGGCCCGUUAUGGUGACCUUGGAGGAAUGUGUGAGCAGCACAGUGGAUGAAUGUUCUAGGGCAUGAAAUAGAACACAACUGAGUAGACAGUUGAAUAGGACCCCGCCAGACAUUUCCAUUCCAACCCACCUGCCACAUUCAUUAUCAGCCUAUUAAGGGCCGUAUAAACCUUAUUAAGGCAGGGAUGGAAUGGAAACAUUCUGGGGGGGCACUAGGAAUAGGAUCGAGAACCACAGGAUCACUGUAACCGCAGAACAGGUAGUGUUCUCGAAUGCGACAUCCUGUCAGUCAGGAAGGCCUCCGCAUCAGCAGGCGGCGAUUCGCUCACUGCCGGCGCAGACCGACCGUCUGCAAUAAUAAUUCAUCCUGCAUUAUUUAUGGAAUUUUCUUUAAGAUAUUGGACUGUGUACAAGAAAUAAGUAUUAUACAGUCACAACAGCAAAGUAAUAAUGAAUCAGAACCAUAAUUAUUAUAUGUUCAUAAUUAUUAUUUAUGUGACAAUACACAAGUGUAUGUUUUAUAAAAUACAGAAAAGGAUCCGGAGCCGCGAGAGAUUGAUAUUCCCUGGCAAAUCGUGCUUCUCUUGGCAUUUGACAUUCAGUGGCUUUCAUGCAAUUUUAUUGAACAGUCUGUCCAUAUGUAUUUUUGGGUCUAACCUUCCAAUAAAUGUGGUAUAAAAUGUAA